AUGGCCUACCCUCCAGUACCUUAUCCGCCUUUGCAAGCGAUCCUGGAGCAGAAGACAGGCCGUCCCACAGCGAACGCGGCCGCCGACAACGACAGCGAGCGAGCGAACGAGUCCUCUCUGAACACGAGCCAAGCGAAGCGCAGACCGCUCCUUACCUCGCCUUACAAGACGCCUUCAACCGUCACAACGUCCCAAGUCCCCGCCACACCUCGCCGCACCAAAGUUCAGCACCUCGCGUCCGGCUCGCAAACGUCUCCCGACAGCACGGAAGCGAGCCCGACCACGCCUUCAGCCUUGCCAGCCCGCCGCCUCGCUCGCACGACUGUCCCCUUCAAGACGCCCACAAAGUCUGCGGCCGCCGCUUCGGAGCGCUCGACCGCGGCGGAGAUCGCACAGUUGGAGCGAAGGAUUGCGCAACUGCGGCAAGCGAGGCGCUAUCAGCUUGCGACGGUGCGGGGCGACCGGGACGGCGACGGCGAGUUGGAAAGGUUGUGCGACAAGUGGAAGGACGCCGGCAAACUCGCCGCCGAAAUGCUGUUCGAACAGCUUCCCUCGCCCGACUCAGCCUCCUCCGCUACAAACGACCCCUUCACCUCCUGGGGCUUCGCCGACAGUUCGGCGACCAGCAAACGCACCUCGUCCGAUGCGUGGUGCUCGAGCUGGGGAUUCUCCUCGUCGCCUCCCUCCUCCGACCCGCUUGGUCCCUGCUCUUCCUCCUUCUUCACCAAGCGUGGUCCCACCUCGGAGGAACUCGUCAGCGACUUCAUGCACAAGGUUGACGAGGAAGCCCAGAGGCGCGGCAUCUCUCGCCUCAAGGUGUUGGAGGAGCUCGAGGAUCGCGAGCACGACGAGUUCGGGUUGGACCUCGAGCAUCCCGACCUCCAGUUCGCCAAGCUCGCGCAGCUCAACAAGAAGCGCGUCGGUGUCAAGCGCACGGCUGGGACGGGCGCGUUGUACUCGAAUGCCUCGAAGCGCGUCAAGCUCGAGGCGCUCGAGGAAGAGUCGGUGUCCGCCAAGCCGAUCGAGGAGGACGACAGCGGUGACGAGCUACUCGAAGCACUCGACGAGCUCAUCGCCACUUGCUCGCAGGCGAAGACUGGCGACGAGGCAGAAGACGACGACGAAGAGCACGAGGAGGAGGAGGACGACCAGCGCGAGCCCGUCGAGCGCGAGGAGCCCGUCUUCGAGGACGAGGCUGAGGAAGACAUGGAAGUCGAGGCCGAGCAGCCGGAGGAGAAGGAGUGGAACGUCGGCAGGAUGAUGCAGCGCGUCGGGAUCGACCCGACCUUGUUCGGCUGGGACGAGACGUUCGAGGCGUUCGCAUAG